GGGGCGGCUCCGGGCGGGACAGGCGGAGCAGCAGACACGCAGGGCGGAGGCGCAGUCUACACCAUGGCGUAUCCCGGGCACCCUGGCGCCGGCGGAGGGUACUACCCAGGCGGGUAUGGAGGGGCUCCUGGGGGGCCUUCGUUCCCUGGACAAACUCAGGAUCCGCUGUAUGGUUACUUUGCUGCGGUGGCUGGACAGGACGGACAAAUCGAUGCUGACGAGUUGCAGAGAUGUCUAACCCAGUCUGGCAUUGCGGGAGGAUACAAACCUUUUAACCUGGAGACUUGUCGUCUUAUGGUUUCAAUGUUGGAUAGAGAUAUGUCCGGCACGAUGGGGUUCAAUGAAUUCAAAGAGCUCUGGGCCGUGCUGAAUGGCUGGAGACAACACUUCAUCAGCUUCGAUAGCGAUAGGAGUGGAACGGUGGAUCCCCAGGAGCUGCAGAAGGCCCUGACGACCAUGGGAUUUAGGUUGAGCCCCCAAACUGUAAAUUCAGUUGCAAAGCGAUACAGCACCAGCGGGAAGAUCACCUUUGAUGACUACAUCGCCUGCUGCGUCAAACUGAGGGCUCUCACAGAUAGCUUUCGCAGACGGGAUUCUGGUCAACAAGGAGUUGUCAAUUUCUCCUAUGAUGAUUUCAUCCAGUGUGUCAUGACCGUCUAACUCAAGAGGAAGCUGUCUGAAUGUAUUCAACAUUCCAACUGGAGCCCGCCCUUGCUUCCUCUCUGCCUUCAGUGCUGUGUGCAGACUCCACCGACAGACACUCCCUGACAACCGUUGAACGGAAUUAUGACUUUAUAUAGAACUGCAGCUUCAUUUUUCAUUUUGAUAAUAAAUUCCUUUGAAGUUUAAUAAUAUAAAAACACGUCUGUAAUACCAGCCAGAACCUCCUGAGCCAGUUUCAGUCCUGCCUUCUUUCCCUGCUAACCCUCUGUUAUAUAAAGUAUGCAAGAUGUUUAACACAGACUACAUAUUUUCUUGUGAUAUAUGAAAUCUUUUCAUCAGACUUAGCUGUUACUGUUUCUUUCCCUGAGGAAUGUGGUUAAAAGUUUGUGUGGGGUAUUCUUAAGUGACAUAGAUCCACAGUGGCACAAAACAAACCAAUGAACCUGGCAGUCCACAAACUAGAAAGUAUAAGCUUUAGGACUCACUGGUUGAAAGCCUUAUGAGUAGACAGAUAUUGAAUAAUUGCUCUCUGCCUCCUAAAACCCUAUAGAUCAUUUGAGUGGCAAAUACUGUCAUCAACUUCUUCUUUGUCAUCCACCCCAAACUUUUGUUAAUUAUAUUUAAAGGUCUUGAAUACUGUAGGUCUAAAAUUGUCAGAAAAAAAACUAAAGAUAAAUAAGAAUAUAAUAGCUGUUUAUUUUUUGACUAAUGAGAUUCUAGAUGACUUUGAUUUCCUUUACAUAUUUCUGUAUCUCCCAACUUUUUAAUAAUGUGCAUGCUUUCCUUUUAAAAACCAGAUGUCAGGGGAGGAGAGACAGCUCAGCAGCUAAGAGCAUGAACUGCUCUUGCAGAGGACUAAAGUUCCUAGCACCCAUAUUGGGUGACCUCAGACCCCCGAUGGGCACCUGCAUUUCACCUGCAGAUACACCAAUACAAACAUAUAUGCACGCACAUAAUUGAAAAGUAAUAAAAAAUAAGUAAAACCAAGCGGGGUUCCAUUUUAAAAAUUGUUGACAUUCAUUUUUGAAUGUCAUUUGCUCAUUAUCUUAAACAUACAAAAGAGAGGGACUGAAAUGAGCAUCUCAAUUAAUGAUCUGGCUUUAACUACUAGGAGUAGGUAGGGUCUUCCUUCCCACUCAAUUUCCAAGUAUUCUCUAGUAGCUUAUUAGGUUUUACACACACACACACACACACACACACACACACACACACACAGAGAGAGACAGAGACAGAGACAGAGACAGAGAUUUUUUUUCCAAAUGUUUAAAUCAUUGGCUUGCUGCUAUGUAUGUGCCUUGGACCUUUUUUUGUAAUGACAAGACACCCAGUGCCCCUAUCUUUGAAAAGAAAAGACUAAUUACCCUUGAGGUAGUUCUGAGUAUGCAAAAGUAUGCCCCAGUAUAAAAAGUAUCCCUAGUGUUUUGUUCUUACGGUUUGGCAGCUAACGAUGGUAACAAUCUUCUCUCACUUAGCAAUGAACCGGUCUGUCUUGUUUCUGAUGCAUUGUUAACAUGAGCAUUCAAAUAAACGUUCAACUUAUCAACUGGAGAAAUAAACAUUCCACGAGCAUCUUCA